AUGGCUGACACCGAUUCCUUCGUCCAUCUCGCCCGCCCUCUGGGUCCCGUGGCAGUGGGGUCUGCACCGACGACCGCCCCUGUGAAUGUUGUGAUUCAGCCUCAGGCUCUGUUCUCCAUCCUUGACCACUCUCUCCGUCGCAACGCCGACCAGGAGCGUGUCAUCGGUACUCUUCUGGGAACCAGGUCCGAGGAUGGCACCGAAGUCGAGAUCCGCAGCACCUUCGCCGUGGGCCACACCGAGACGACAGACCAGGUUGAGGUGGAUAUGGAAUACCAGAAGCAGAUGCUCGCCCUGCACCUGAAGGCCAACCCCAAGGAGGUCCUCGUGGGUUGGUACGCCACCUCGUCCGAGCUCAACACCUUCUCGGCCUUGAUCCAAAAUUUCUACAGCGGCCAGGGCGACGGCACGUGGCCUCACCCCGCCGUUCACUUGACCGUCUCCACCGAGGCCGGCAAGGACAUCGAGACCCGCGCCUACAUCUCUGCCCCCGUCGGUGUGACCGCUGAGCGUGCUGCCGACAGCGCUGCCUUCAUCCCCGUUCCCUACGAGAUCCGCUACGGCGAGGCCGAGAAGAGCGGUCUCGAGGCCAUUGCCGCUGCCCGUGAUGCCGAGGAGCGCUCCGCCAACAUCUUCACCGACAUUGAGGCCCUCGAGCGCGCGAUCGAGGAGGUUCUCGGCAUGAUCGACCGCGUUUCCCGCUACGUCGAGUCCGUGAUUGACGAGGAGGCCCCCGCCUCCACGGCCAUGGGUCAGUACCUGCUCAACACUCUCGCCUUGGCCCCUAAGGUCGAGCCCGCCGACAUUGAGCGUGACUUCAACAACCACAUCCAGGACGUCCUGGUUGUGUCGUACCUGGCCAACACCAUCCGCACGCAGAUGGAGCUGUCCAACCGGCUAGCCACCGCACAGCUGACUCUGGGCGGCGAAGGCAGCGGCGAGUCCGGCGCCCAGCGCGGCGGACAGCGGGGUGGCAAGGGAGGCCGUGGUGGUCAGCAGCGGACUCAAGAGCGGAGCGGCGAGGAGGCUCGCGCGUAA